CGCUGCUUGUUGGCGGUAGGGUCUGCCUCCCGCUGCGAAGGGCAGCGCCCCGAGGGACCCUGAAGCUGGGGUGAUGGGGGACCUGCCUCUCCUCAGUGGGCGGUUGUGGCAGAGACGUGCACAGGGAAAAGCAGUUCUGUUCCUGGAGCUGAGCGAGCAGUGUGCAUGUCCAGAAGGGCACAUAGGAUGUGCCAGCUCUUCUGGAAAAAUCCAUUCGGCUCUGGGCAAGGGGAAGGUCCCUUGGAGCUGCAGCCCCUCUGCAGGAAUUGGUCCGUAGAAAGGCCAGUAGUGUCCCCUCCUUAGUUUUUAUCAGCAGCUUUUCUGGAAGUGGUACACAUUCCCCGUAGGGGUGCGGUAAAUUUGCGGCUCUGGCAUCCUGCUGGGUUGAAUUUCCUCUGUGCUGUGAUUUCCAGUAAUACCUAGGCCCCUUGUUGCUGGGUGAGAGCAGCACAGGAGGCGUCUUCUCCUGCAGUUGAGAGCACCGUGUCUAGUCAAACUGAGCUCCCAGGCUCUGCUCCUGCCUGCCUCCCCUCCUCGGCUGUCAGGUCUCAUGGCAUUAGGGGAAACAGAUGUGUUAAAAUGGGAAACCUGAAGACUGAUUCCAAGGAUGUACUGACCGCAGCAAGGACAAGGACUGUCCAAGUACUGUCACUCCUGCUCCUACAGACAAGGAUGCUGGGUGAAGAGGGUGUCACCUACUCAGUGCUCUCUGAGGAUGGAAAGAGAGCCCAGGAGGCUUGAAUCCUGACCUUUUCAUUGAACUAUUAGACUAUCUCCGUCCUUGCUGUUUGCCAAAGUAUGCAGUGUCUUUCCCCCAAAGUACACUUGAUUAAAAAGCUACCAGAACUCCUUUGAAGCCUGGGUAGGUUUCAGGGUGACUGCUAGCCCAGAGCAGAGAGAAGUCCAGCGUUACCUUCCCUUACCUUGCCUUAAGUCCCCUCUUGAUGAUUUCUUUGGUACUUUCUCUUUCAGAUGGCAGAACGGACUCUCCUCGUUCUUUUUGGCAGCCAGACUGGGACAGCUCAGGACACAGCUGAGAGAAUUGGCAGAGAAGCCAAACGACGCCACUUUCAGUGCAGAGUGGAGGCACUGGACAGCUAUGAUGUGGCGAACCUCAUCAAUGAGCUGUUGGUGGUAUUUGUGUGUGCAACCACGGGCCAGGGCGACCCACCUGACAACAUGAAGAUGUUCUGGCGGUUUCUGUUCCGGAAGAACCUGCCGCCCAGUUCCCUGUGCCAGAUGGACUAUGCUGUGCUGGGCCUCGGAGACUCCUCCUAUCCCAAGUUUAAUUUUGUUGCGAAGAAGCUGCACAAACGGGUGCUACAGCUUGGGGGCAGCCCUCUGUUGCCAGUGGCGUUGGGAGAUGACCAGCAUGACUUAGGGCCAGAUGCAGUGGUUGAUCCAUGGCUCCUGGACUUAUGGGACAAGAUCCUCACCUUGUAUCCUCUCCCUCCUGGCCUUGAGAUCAUCAGUCCAGAUGUGCGCCUGCCCCCAAAGUACACCCUGCACUACCUGGCUGAGGACUCCUCAUGCUUUGAUGAUGGCCUGCUCCAGCCAACAGCACCCAGGGCUGUUCCCUCUGAACUGCAUCCCUUUGCUGCUCGGAUGGUGGCCAAUCAGCGGGUCACAGCAGAAUCCCAUUUCCAGGAUGUCCGGCUCAUUGAAUUUGAUGUCACGGGCUCAGGGAUCACAUUCAGCGCAGGAGACGUGGUGAUGAUCCAGCCCCAGAACUCCCCCGAAGACGUGCAGCAGUUCUGCCAGCUUCUGCACCUGGAUCCAGACAGACACUUUGUGCUGAAGCCCUCAGAGCCCAGCACAGCCCUCCCUGACCUCUUGCCACAGCCCUGUACCAUCCGGCACCUGGUUACCCAUUAUCUUGACAUCUCCUGUGUGCCCCGGCGCUCCUUCUUCGAGCUCUUGUCCUACUUCUCUACAAAUGAACUGGAGCGGGAGAAGCUGCAGGAGUUCAGCUCUGCACAGGGCCAGGAAGAGCUGUACAGCUACUGUAAUCGACCUCGCAGGACCACUCUCGAGGCCCUUUGGGAUUUCCCUCACACCACAUGCGCCAUUCCACCCGAAUAUCUGCUGGACCUCAUUCCUCGCAUCAGACCCCGCGCCUUCUCCAUCGCCUCCUCCAUGCUGGCUCACCCCAACCGGAUCCAGAUCCUCAUGGCAGUAGUGCAGUACAAGACGCGGCUCAGCAAACCCCGCCGUGGUCUUUGCUCUACCUGGUUGGCUUCCCUCAACCCACAACAUGGAGAUGUCCGGGUGCCUCUUUGGGUGAAGAAAGGAGGAAUGAAGUUCCCGGUUGACCCUGACACCCCUGUGAUCAUGAUUGGCCCUGGCACAGGAGUGGCACCUUUCCGAGCAGCAAUACAGGAGCGUGUAGCACAGGGACGGAGAGGGAACUGCUUAUUCUUUGGCUGCCGACAGAAAUCCAAGGACUUCUACUGCCAGUUGGAGUGGGAAGAGCUGGUGACAAAGGGCUUCCUGACGCUUUUUACGGCCUUCUCCAGGGACCAGGAGGAGAAGGUGUAUGUUCAGCACCGCAUCCGAGAGAACCGAAAGCUGGUGUGGCAGCUGCUGAGCAGCAGGAACGCUCAUGUCUACCUGGCUGGGAAUGCCAAGCAGAUGCCAGCAGCAGUGGCCGAAGCCCUGCAGUCAGUGUUGCAGUCGGAAGGAGGCCUGUCAACCUCCGAAGCUGAGGAGUAUUUCACAGCCCUGGAACGAUCCCAGCGCUUCCAGUCUGAAACCUGGUCGUAAUCUUGGCUUUCAGCCUUCCCCCUUCCUCCCUGUAAGCUGCAUGGGAGAGCCUGUGCCUAAAUAAAGGAGCCA